GAGCGGCGGCGGAGCAUCAGUCGGCCGCAGCUGGAGGGUGGGCGAGCGAGAUGGAAAUCGCGGCGGCCGUGGGAUUCGUCAGCCGACUGCUCCGUAACACCGGCCUGGUCAGCCCCACACAGAUACACGUCUUCGGCCGCUCGCUGCAAGACGCGCUUGCUGAGCACUAUCGGCAUCACUGGUUCCCGGACAAGCCGUGCAAAGGGUCUGCGUACCGCUGCAUCAGGAUUAACCACAAGAUGGACCCGCUGAUUGGGAGAGCGGCCAGCCGCAUUGGUCUAAGCAGCCAGCAGCUGUACAAACUCCUGCCCAGCGAGCUCACCCUCUGGGUCGACCCGUUUGAGGUAUCGUACCGCAUCGGGGAAGACGGCUCCAUCUGUGUCCUGUACGAGGCCCCCGCGCCGGCCAACAACAACCUGGGAAUGAUGACGUGCAAAACCGAGAUGAACGCCGGCUCAGCCAGUCCUCCCAAAAACUACUGGAUGACCGUUUCAAGCUGAGAGCCAUCUUGCUCCAUCGGAACAGCUAUAUAUAUAUAUAUAUGUAUAUAUAUGUAUGUGUGUGUAUAUAUAUAUAUACCUAUAUAUAUAUAUAUAUAUUAUAUAUAUACCUUAAGUGGAUUUUAAUUUUUUUUGAAUUCUUGGCAAAAUCAUUGGAUUUGAUAAUCAACCUACACAGAGCAGAUCUCUGGUGUCUCGUAUCACAAACAAGGAACUGCAGAUGCCGGUUUGCAAUUAAAGACAGUGCAGGAGUAACUCAGUGGGUUGGGCAGCAUCUCUAGAACACCUGUGUUCAUCUGCUGCCCCUGUAGGAAGGAACUGCAGGUGCUGGUUUACCCCGGAGAUAAGACACAAAAUGCUGGAGUAACUCCACGGGUCAGGCAGCAUCUCUGGGGAUAAGGACUUGGGACUGAAGGGCCUCGUCCUGAAACGUCAGCCUGUUCCUUUUUCUCCAGAGAUGCCGCCUGCCCCCCUGAGUUACUCUUUAAGAAGGAACUGCAGAUGCCGUAAAAUCGAUGGUAGACAAAAAUGGUGGAGAAACUCAGCGGGUGAGGCAGCAUCUAUGGAGCGAAGGACGUUUCGGGUUGAGACCCUUAAGGGUGAGGCAGCAUCUAUGGAGCGAAGGAAUAGGUGACAUAUCGGUCGCCUAUUUCCUUCGCUCCAUAGAUGCCGCCUCACCCCCUGUGUUUCUCCAGCAUUUUUGUGUCUAUCACCUGUUGCCUGCCCCCCCCAAAAAAGAAGUGUGUAAUGGUUUGUCAUCCAAAUAUGAAACUACAGUUGGAAUCAUUUCACCAGUAGGUUGUCAUGGCUACUUACGCUGAAUAAAUAAAGGGUAAUGGCUGGCACCUAAUUAAACUUUAUUCUUCAAAUACAAUGCUGAGCGUUGCAAACUUGAUAGAGCACUGAUGAAAAAAACACUUUAAUCCUCCUUGAAUUUUCUUUUCCCACAAACACGGUGUUUUGAUCAAAAAGUUGAUCUGACACCCUUUUAAAUGUUUUUUUUAAAUGUGUAAGUCUGACUACAGGAAAUUCUACUUGUGGAGACUUCUCACACACACGCACACACGCACGCACCAACACUGCCCCACACACACAUACACCAACACUGUCCCACACACAUGCGCCAACACUGUCUCUCUCUCUCUCUCUCUCUCUCUCACACGCGUGCACACACACACACCUUGUAAAAGGUGUAGGAGGAAGGAACUGCAGAUGCUGGUUUACACCGAAGAUAGACGCAAAAUGCUGGAGUAACUCCGCGGGACAGGCGACGUCUGGAGAGAAGGAAGUCUGAAGAAGCGUCUUGCCCUGGAACGUCGCCCAUUCCUUCUCUCCAGAGACUCUGCCUGUGCCGCUGAGUUACCCCAAGCUUUUAAAAGGAUUUGUUGGAGUGGUUUCUUGAACCCAUUUAAAGCAGAGAUGUCUUGUAAUUCACAUGUUCAAUGGAACACUGCCUUUUUGGAUUAAACUGUGAAUUUUAUUUCCAGUAGCUUGUUGUAAAACUGACAAAAAGUUUUUUGUACAAUGCUGUUUAAAAUGAGCUUGGUGAAGAAUCCCCCUGGUAGUAUAUCAUUUCAGUUCCGGUUCAUGUACAUAAGUUGAGUUUAAGCUACUUGGAUGACAACGUGUACAUUUUUAAGUAUUGUACAGCUGUUUUGAAGAAAUUGUACAGUUUUCUAUUAAGUUUUAAUUAAAAUAUACUUUUGCUUGGAAA